CUCUGGGACAGGUUUCUCAGAAGUACAGCUAGUUUAGAUACAAAGGUUAUAUUAAUGGAUUCAAACCUUGGCUAUGUAUUUGCACCAGUUAGAUGGGAAAGUAUGGGCCAGGGGGAAUAACUACUAAAGAUUCUCUAAGUCUGGCAGUGCUGGUGCUGUGCGACAGUGGUGAGAUUAGAGCCUGAUCACACUGCACCAUGGGAAAUGAGAGCAGCUCUGCAGGCUUGCCGGAGGGCGCAACAGACAAUGUGGUGCUUUUUCCUCCUCAGGAAGCAGCAUCUGACUCCACACAUGAGGCUGAAGUUCACAGUGAGAAAGUCAGUCCAGAAGCUGAGAAAUCCACCAGCGGAAAUAAUGGAGUAGUCCAGACGGAAGUGCUAUCUCCACUCCACAGUCUCACUCCUGUGGCAGAGGCAGACACACAUACUCACGAGGACGGGAGUGGAAAAGAAGAGGAACUCGAGUUUCCACAUGACCUGCUGCCCAGCAUAGAUCUGAGCACUGAGCUCAACUUUACCUGGGGAGCGUCACUCAGCAGUAAGCCGGGUGAGAAAGGAGACCCCCUGCUGGGAGAUGUGCAGUAUUACAUGGAAGCCAGUCCACCAUUGGUGGCCAUUGUAAUGAGCCAAGAUGGAGAGGCAGUUUCCACAGAUAGCUCAUCUGUUCCACAGCUCCAGUCAGCUGGAAUGAUUCAGGAAAAUGCACCAUCACACCAGUCCUCAGCAACACUGGUGGACCGUGAGCUCCAAGAAGCCUUUAAGGAAUGUGAGGAACAAAUAGCCUCUUUUGGCAUGUCCUCACACUCAAUCACGUCAUGCAGUACAGAUCAGACUGACAGCUGUCUGUCGGAGGCCGUGUCUGCAACUGAUAAUGAGAAACUCAAGAGUACAAGUAUCAAGGAGGAUCCUAUGUCACUGUCAAUUUCACUCGCAGAAUCUCAAAAAGGAUGUGACCAGAGUUGCCAUGGAAAUCUUGGAGCACAAACUACUGAUUUAGGAUCUUGCACAGAGGAGACUGUGUUUAGCUUCAGAGACUAUAUACUAGGGAAAACACAACCAGAGCAUGCCAGGACCGAAGAUCCCAAAGAACACAGUGAGAAAUUGAACACUGAACCAAAGGAAGAAUUUCAUAAAGAGCCUGAAAGGGAAACAAACAUUGACAAAACAAAAUCGGAAAAUGGACUAAAUAAAAUAUAUGAAAUACAAGAAGUAUCAGAAGGUGUCAGCUUAGUAGUUUCCAAGGACUGUCUAAAUGAGGAGGGUAAAUCUAUAACAGGCUCAUCUUAUCCCACUGGAGAAUACACCUGCCCCCACACUGGACCAUCUGCAGAGUACUGA